UAUCCAUAAUUCUAUUUAUUUUUAUCUUUAUUUUUCACUAUUCCGUUUUACCUUUUGAUAUUAUUAAAUAAUAAAUGCAUAAAAUAUUCAAUAAUGUUUUUAAUUGAAAUUUCAUAUUAUCAAUAUACAAGUCUAACAUUACAAUCAAAUAGCCAAAAAAAUAACAACAAAAACAGAUAUAUAAAAAAAAUAGACAGUUGCAAAAUAUUGUUCUUUAUUUAUUCAAGUUUUUGUAUAAGAAUAUCAAACAUCCCAACAACAAAAAAAAAUGCAAAACAAAAUAUGUAUUUAACCUCUUUAUAUUGUAAUCAAAUUUAUAUAAUUGAUUAUAAUUACUAAAAAAAUCACAGAAAUGAAUAAAAACUAAAGCU